UUAGCCAGGAGAGGACUAACUGCUGCCUUCCAGUUCACAGAAGGAAAAAUUGAGGCCCUGACAGAAAGCCUCUCCAAGACCAAAGCGCUCACACAUCGUGGAAGUUCUGGAUCUAGGCCAGAGUGUUCGUACCCCAUGUAUAGACAAGAAAACGGAGGCCCCCAAGAAGGAAUUCAGAGUUGGGUCUCCUGGGAUUGUGCCUGGCUCAUCAGCACUUGAGUCACUUUGAGACGGUUGCUGCAUGUUUCUGAAAGCCAAGGCUCCCGUUAUCACUGCUAAAGACAGCUCAGAAUCAUCCCAUGUUGGUGGAGCUUAAAAAUGGGGAGACGUACAACGGGCACCUGGUAAGCUGUGACAACUGGAUGAACAUCAACUUGCGUGAGGUGAUCUGCACGUCCAGGGACGGGGACAAGUUCUGGCGGAUGCCCGAGUGCUACAUCCGAGGCAGCACCAUCAAGUACUUGCGCAUCCCCGACGAAAUCAUCGACAUGGUCAAGGAGGAGGUGGUGGCCAAGGGCCGUGGGCGCGGUGGCCUGCAGCAGCAGAAGCAGCAGAAGGGCCGAGGCAUGGGGGGUGCCGGGCGAGGUGUGUUCGGCGGCCGGGGCCGAGGCGGGAUCUCAGGAACAGGCAGAGGUCAGCCAGAAAAGAAGCCAGGCAGGCAGGCAGGCAAACAGUGAGCCAGCCCUGCGUCCCCCAAGACUGAGCAGCGGGAGGCGACGUGUCUACUCCAGUCCACAAGUCUGUUCAGAAUGGAAAGAAGAGGCAGGUGUUCGGGGGACCCCCCACCUGUGCAUCUGUGCAUUUUGUGAUCUUCAUUUUUAUGUAAAGUUUUUUGUCUUGAGUGUUUUUAGCCAGCACAGCUACAGCUGGAAAUGUUACUUGGUGUUUGGGGUUUUGUGAAGUUUCAGUCGAAGAUUCUGUGUAUUAACGCCUCCUUAGGGCCCUUGCCCUUGUGUUAGGGGGGCAUUUUCCAAACAGGUUUGUUUUGCAUCCUAUGCUGGAUCCCUGUGUGGCGAGCACACUGGAGGUUUUUAUUUUAAGCUGUUUGCACUGAGAUUGACAGCCCAGGGAAUUUUCUGAAACAUGGGCCUGAAAUUGCCCUUUGAAAACAAAUCUGGACAGACCUGUGUCACAGAAGCUGUUCAGGGGAUGUGGCUGGGCCUUGCCCCUUCACCUCCUCUCUCCCUCUUUGUGUAACAAAAAUAAAAGCAAACGCAACUACAAACUUAAAAUCCUAAAUUCCUUUUGAACCACUAGGCACAUAUAAUGUGUGGUGUCAUUGGGAAGUCACAGCCCCUUAAAAACAGUUUCCUUUCAAAGGAUGCAUAAAAAAGGAUGUCAUGUACUUAGGUAAGGUGAGAUCAGCAUGACUGGGAAGAGGGGUGCCCCAGGUAAACUCCUCCCCUCUUUGUAGAGAGCUGAUGCUGUGAGAGAUGGGGGUGGGACGUCAGGGUGGAGCCAGGAGGACAUCCAAGAGGCCCAGCCUUGCCACCUGCAUUCCGCCCUGUUUUGCAACCAUCAUUCACAUCAGAGUUUACCCAGACAGACAGGUGGCUGCGAGGAAUGGAGGAAUGUGCGAGGGAGAUUUUCUUGAGCCUCUUCCUCGCCUCCAAGGCAGUGCCGCCCACAUUGCUGAGACAUUGAACUACACUUUAGCAAAAGGCUUCCAGUGUCAUCAGCUUCAGAUCGAUUUUCCUUUAGUGAGUGCAGGGGACUGCAGGGACAGCCAGGUGCUGAGAGAGGAGCACUGGCCAGUUCGUAUGGAUGGGGUUCUAAUUGUCACCGUGUUGAGGCCUGUUUUGAGGGGUGAGUGGAAUAAAAGAUGUAGUUGCCCCGAGAA